CGGAUCGGGUAUAAAUAGCUUUUGGUAUAAAUAAAUAGCCUCUUGUCACGUUCUCCUCUCUUUCUAACUAAAUGGCAAAAGCUCUGUUUUGUAUCUUGAUGAGAAGGGCUUCUUCAUCUGUCAACUCAUCAUCAUCUCUCAGGCCAAUAAUUUAUCACCCAGAAUCCGUCUUUCCCCCAACAAGACACAUAAUUCCACUAAAUAUACGAAACCGAGAUUGGGUGUUUAGAAAUUUGAGCCAUGGUAGAGUAAACCUGGUGAUAUCAGAUGGCAAACCCAAGUUUGAAACCCACGAAGUUGAUCCUCCUAAGAAAGAGAAGUGGCAGACUAAGAAGAGGCUUAAGUUGCAGAGAAAGAGAGAGAAGGAGAAAAGGAGAGCUGCUAACAGGAGAGACCCGCGUUGUCUCACUGUUAAGAGGAAGAAGCAGAAAUUUGCUAAUGCAGAAGAGAGAAUCAAGUAUAAACUUGAAAGGGCCAAAAUCAAAGAAGCCUUACUGGUUGAAAGACUUAAGAGGUAUGAAGUCCCUAAAGUUCAGGGUCCUGAGGUCAAACCUCAUGAUCUGACAGGCGAGGAACGCUUUUUUAUGAAAAAGAUGGCUCAGAAACAGUCCAAUUAUGUGCCACUUGGCAGAAGAGGAGUGUUUGGAGGUGUCAUUCUCAAUAUGCAUAUGCAUUGGAAGAAGCAUGAAACUGUAAAAGUAAUUUGCAAUUUUUGCAAACCUGGCCAAGUACAUGAAUAUGCUCAGGAAAUCGCCAGGUUGAGUGGUGGGAUCCCUAUACAAGUUAUUGGAGACGACACUAUCAUAUUUUAUCGAGGGAAGAACUAUGUGCAGCCGGAAGUUAUGUCUCCAAUAGAUACAUUGUCCAAAAAAAGGGCAUUGGAAAAAUCAAAGUAUGAGCAAUCACUUGAAUCUGUGAGGCGUUUCAUUGCAAUUGCAGAAAAGGAGCUGGAGCUCUACUACAGGCACAUUGCACUUUAUGGCGAUCCAAAUGAUAGAAAUCUCCUUUCCGUAUUAGACAGUCCAACAAAUGAUUUCAAGGAAUCAGGGGAACUUAGAAAAGAAAGCAAUUAUUUGUCUUCCCAUGGCUUUGCUCCAGGUGUUUCAGAGACAGAAGAUGAUUCCACAGAUAGUGAAGUAUCAGAAAUUGAAGAUGAAGACGUAUCCGCAAGUGAAUCAGAUUCUACGGAUAGCAUAACUGAUUCAGAUGAUGAAGAAAUACAAAAAGAAGGCAUCUCCUUGAUGACAGUGAUGAGAUCCUCCACAAUGUUAGGUAGAUCAUCAAAGGUUGAGAAUAAUUUUGACACUGAAAAUCAUAACUGUCCAAGAGAAAUAAAGUAUAGAUAUGAAGAAUAUCUUUCUAACUCGUAAAAAUCCUACCAUAACUCAAUUGAUCUUGUUUGAUUAACCUUAA